AGACAGGCUUUUUGUGCAGGGAAAAAAAAAUAAGGUAGAGAAAAUCCAAGGAAAGGAGAAGGCGGCUUUUCCACCACGCUGGGAGAGAGGCACCUCUAGAUACGGUGUCGCUAUCUCUUAACAAGGUGCUCGCCCCUGGAGAGCUGACUCCUGGCAGAUGCUCAAAGUCGACAUUUCAGUCAGAAACAGGAGAAGACAGACAAACGAGGCUUCUCUGGACUAGUAUACCAGGACUCUAAAAACCAAAGCGGGCGGAAAAAUACUGCCUUUCAGUUUCUGGGGACGCUUUAGAGAAAGCACCAGCCCCUCCCCUUCCGGUCCGCUCCUAUCUGUUUCCCCCAGGACCCACGUGUGUUUGGAAAGGAGCACACUUGGGAGCAACUGCAGCUGCUCUCUGUGAAAUUGUCGCAUCUGGAUAUCGCGGGGCCUCGGUGGCCAGGACAUCGCCAUGGUGGGCGGCCCUUUAGGUUCUCCGGGAGGCUCUGGUCGGGUGGACGGGAAGUACAAGUUCGGACCCCAGAGACGCCGGGACUUGUAGUGACUGCACGGGGCGGUGCAGAGCUAUGGGUGCCUGCCCGGGGAUAGAAGUGCUCUCGCGCUUUCUCAACUCGCUUUAGCCUAAAGGACUGAAAGCAAAAAUGGUAGGACGGGAAAAAAAAGUCAUCCAUCCGUACAGUAGAAAAGCAGCUCAGAUUACAAGGGAGUCUCACAAACAAGACAAGAAGGAAAGAUUGAAGACGGAGAGGGCCUUGCGUCUCAACCUUAUUGGUGACAAACUUCAGUGGUUUCACAGUCAUCUGGAUACAAAAAAAUCGAGAUAUUCAAAGAAAGAUGCCUGUGAAUUAAUUGAAAGGUACUUGGAUCGGUUCAGCAGUGAGCUGGAGCAGAUUGAGUUACACAACAGCAUCAAGGACAGACAGGGGAGGCGGCACCAUUCCCGGGAGGCUGUCAUCAAGCAGACCAUGGAGCGGGAGCGGCAGCAGUAUGAAGGCUACGGCUUUGAGAUCCCAGACAUCGUAGACUCUAAUGCUCUGAACACUUUCCGGGAAUGGGAUUUUGAUCUGAAGAAAUUGCCAAACAUCAAAAUGAGGAAACUGUGUGCUAAUGAUGCGGUUCCUAAGAAGCGCAAACAGAAAAAUAUUUUAAAUAUAGAAAAGGAUUUAGGAGAAUUAGACCUAACAGGGGAAACUGGAGAUGCUACAGAUGGAAAACUGGAACCAGCAAGUGAAUCAAGUGACACGGAUGAAGAAAUGACUGCAGUGCCUGACAGCCCUCAUUGACGUACAUGAGAUGCCUCAUGUCCUACUCUCUGACUAUAGCAGAUAUCAUUUCUGUGUGGGCUGCUGAGAUGGCUCAGCAAGAGGGGGCUUGCAGCCAAGCCUGAUUGUCAAAGUUUGUUUCUGAGAAUCCAUGGAUUAGACAGAACAAGUUUUCUUCUAAUGUCUACAUGCACACUAUGGGAAGUACGCGUGUGCACACACAAAUAAAGUUUGUAAUUAUCUGUAUUGAAGAAUUUGCUAUUGAACUUACUUUUAAAUAAGUAUUCACAGUUUUCAAAAUAGUUGUAGGGUUUUUAAGAAUCUUCUCUAAGUUCCUUUUAAAAUAGAGAUUGUAUCAAUCUGCUUUUCAUUAUAGCUAAAUCCCGAUACUGGGAACUUAGCUGAGAGUCUAAAUAAUAAGCCAGUGCAGUUCUGAUGAGGCUUCUCUGUCUGUAUCACAUCAUGGCCAACAACAGAGAGAUGGAAACAUAUGGGAGGGGGUUGCAGCAGGCAAGAUAGGAGGCCAGCAAACGGGAAGGUCUUAAGUUCUCUUACCUCUGAACAUCAGCAUAUGGGAGAGGGGCAGUUUUCUAAUACAUAAACCUCAGGCAUAGUCACAGUUAAAACCUGUUGAACAUAGCAGUAAUCUUCAGUGGCCAUUUAACCUGAAUUUUCUAGAAGGGGGAAGUGAGAAAAAAUAGGAGUAAGGAAGAUGAAGGUCAGCGAAGUGCUACAGAGCGCCUGUGUCUUUCCCCACACCCAUAGUAAGGAAGGGACUGUGGCAUGUUCCCAUAAUCCCAGGGCUGUGGAAGGGAGGCUGGGUAGAAGAGGUGAACAGUGCUGACUGAGUUCCUGUGAGCGAAUGUGGUUCUCCGACGGGAAAGUCCUGCCAAACCCAUAGCCACCACCUGCCCUAGAGGCCAAACACUGCCUUAGGAUUGCACUGAUGGGCUCCAGGCUAGGGUAGCAUUUUACUCUGUGCCAUUGUGUAUUGGAAGUCACUUGGUUUUGAUUUUACAGAGAAUCAAACCCAAAUUUGGCUUGAUUCUCCGAAGAAAAUUUGGACUUUUGAACAGUGUUGGGACUAUUCAGGGUCCAUAAUGUUAACUGAAUUCAUUUUGAGAUGGACAGAGGCAGGAUGUUAUGGUUUGCAUUUUAAAUGUCCCCCAUAGUCUCAUGCUUUGAGCCCUCAGUCUCUACCUUCUGGUGUUGUGCUGAAGGUUGUAGAGCAUUCCUGAGGUGGGCCUGGCUGUCCCUAGGCAGGUCUUUGAAGGUUGUACCUGCCUUUGAAGGUCUAGUCAAGUCUGUCACCAUGCAGGAAGUCCUCCUUGAAACUGAGUCAGUGUACUUUUAGUUUCCCCCCAGGUAGAAAUUUGGAUUAUAACAGUGCGAAAGUAAGUAACUCCAUCUCUGAAAUAUCAGCCCAGGUAGCGGCACUUGGUGAUCUUUCAUGUGUAUUCCCAGGGAGCAGAUGGCUGUCGGAGAGUACCAGUCGAAAGGCUGUUGGCACGUGUGUAUUCCAGAAGUCAUGGGACUGUCGGUUCUGCAGAGUGAGCUCACUGUUUCCCACUGUUCCUUUCUUAACUUAAGAUAAUUAUUUGUUACUUUUCAAGGUUUCUCAUUGCAUCGUUGCUAGCCUGCUGAGUCCUCCGCUAUGGGAUCUGGGUAUUAAACAGCCCGACUCUGUUCACAGGCAAGCAGACCCUACUCCGUAUUGUUUUCUCUGAGACCCCGAAUCUUGCCUUAACUCUUUCAUGUAAUUGCACAAGACAACUCUUUCUAUAAGUCUAUUCUUUAAUAAGAUUGUGGUAAAUUACUCUUUAGAUAAUGUGACUUGGGAACCUGCUGGAAUCUGUGGUGUGUGUAUAUAUGAAUAUGCAAACAAAUUCAUUGUAAACACUUGAGGUGACCCUAGGAAAGCAGACACAUAUUGGGUGAAUGUGGUGGGUUUGGUUUUUUGUUUUUUGUUUUUUGUUUUUUGUUUUUUUUCUUUUUAAUUAGUCAAGCUGUGCUGUGAUUGUCCUAAAGAGUUCUUUGACAAAGCUACAGACUUCACUUUUCCCAGCCUGGAAGCCUCUCCCCAGGCUGCAGGCAGUGAGAGUUUGGUGAGGAAUGCACCCCAUCGGACCUGACAGCAGUGCAGCAUAGGCGCUAGCGCAGCGGGAUGUGGGUGCACCCACUCUUCACACUCUUUAAACGUUAAAGUGGCUUCUGGAACUUUGUUGUUUCUAUUGGCUAAUGUAUAUUUAUUCUUAACUAUUCUUGAGGCCUACUAAGGGAAAUCUAUUUCUUCAUGGUCAAAAGAAUGCUAUCUGCUCCUGGCCAAGUUACCCAAGACACAGAGUUAAUCUAGUUGAGUGGUCCAUCAUCUGGGUAAAGGACUACCCUUAGGCCAACUCACUUUUAACUGAUGCUAAAGAGAUAGGAGGAUUAAUUAUCACUUUCAUGAGAAAAUGUAUAUUUUUUCCCCCAGAAACUCAGGCCCAGGUACAGUUACUAUUGAAUUGCCAUGAAGCUCUCUGUUAAUUUGGCCCACCUCUCAGAAAAGUGGAUUUUUUUUUUUUUUUUUUUUGGCCUCACCCCCCUACCCCCAAUCCCCCAAUAUGGUUCUGAACUUGUUUUCUCUCACCCUUGGGCUCUCUUCACUUACUCUGAAGCCCUCUGACAUGCGGCUGCUUUGGCUGACACCCAUUGCUGAACAAGUUUACAUGGCUCUCCAACUUGCUCAUUCUCUCCCUUCUGGCAGCUGCCGUGAUUCCGGCUUGCCUGCCAUGUUGUUGAUUAAAGUCUAAUAAAAUUGACCUGGAACUUC